AUGGGCCUGAGACAAACGCUGGGGCUCUCCGUGCUGGGGCAUGCUGUGGUCAUCAAGCUGCGUGACCCAGCAAUGGCGCUGCUGUUGGUGCAGAAAAAUGCUGAGGCUCCUGGCGCUGAGGCACGUUGCCAUCGUCGCGUUUCUUACCCCAGCAAACACGCUGCCGUGGGACCAGAGAAAUGUACUUCCGGCGUUGCGACCUACCUGUCGCGGUCGUUGGGUUCGCGUGUCCCAGCAAUCAAAAAACAUAACACCCGGGGUCACGUCUCCCAUCCCAUCCCACUCCUCGUCGUGGGACUCCAGAGGAACGCGAUGGUCGUCGAAGUCAACGCCCACCUACAAGGAAACCCACAGUAUGGUAUGCUGAGCAGCGAAGUAGGUUUUAAGCGAGAAUUCGAGGUCGCAAUGCUCGAAGAAGCAGGCAAUAACAAAUAUAAAAUCCAUUAUUCAUCAUGCCAUAGCCCAAGGAGUCGCCAUCACUCUCUUAGUCAACACAAUCGACAGGCUGAUCUCGAGCUCCGCAUACCGCCACCCGACGCUUAUUACCAGAUUAAGGCCACUAUCGUGGAGGCAAAUCCCAUUAUCGGGGCCAUUAGUCCAGACCCUGAAGGCUUCGCCCUGAACGAAGAAAUGUGGCAUUCGCCAGCUCAGACAUGGGUCAUUGCUUUACGCUAA